GGAAAAAAUAUAUAUUUAUAGAAAGGACUUUCUGGCUUAGACGCGAUGAAUCGAGAAGUCUCCGUCCAUCGGAAUCUCAACAUUUUAAAAGCUCUGCAAUAAUCCAGCCGAAACUCGAAUUUGAGAUUCCAUUGAUCCUCUAAAAACUCUCUCGACCAUUUUCUUGGCCGCCAAACACCUUUGAUUCAAGCUUUGUUUCUUUGUUUUUCUUCCAACUUGUAAUUGGGAUGUGGAAUCAGCAGCGGAAGUAUGAUGUGGAGGGCGGAACAACGCCGCUGUACCCGACGAUGUUGGAGAGCCCACAGCUCCGAUGGGCUUUUAUUCGGAAGAUUUACUCUAUCAUUACCAUCCAACUGCUCGCCACCAUUGCCGUCGCCGCUACUGUUGUUAAUGUUCGACCAAUCUCUACCUUCUUUAACUCUACAGGGGCAGGCCUGGCUUUAUACAUCAUUCUCAUUCUUACGCCCUUUAUAACGAUGAUUCCGCUCUCUUGUUACUAUCAGAAGCACCCUGUCAAUUUUGUUCUUUUGGGUAUUUUCACGAUAUCUUUUGCGUUUGCGAUUGGGUUGACUUGCGCGUUUACAAGCGGGAAAGUCAUUCUUGAGGCUGCAGUUCUGACCGCGGUGGUUGUGGUGAGUCUAACUCUCUACACAUUUUGGGCUGCCAAAAGAGGCCAGGAUUUCAGCUUCCUUGGUCCAUUUCUAUUUGGUGCUCUGAUUGUCCUCCUGAUAUUUGGUCUGAUUCAGGCCUUCUUUCCAUUGGGUCGGACUUCCAUGAUGGUUUAUGGGUGUCUAGCGUCCAUCAUUUUCUGUGGAUACAUCGUUUACGACACAGACAAUCUCAUAAAAAGAUACUCAUACGACGAGUACAUAUGGGCGUCCAUUGCCUUAUAUUUAGACAUCAUCAACCUUUUCCUCUCCCUACUGUCGAUCUUCAGAGCAGCUGACAAUUGAAGAGGGUUUUGGUUUGCUACGUAGUUAAAUGUUCCCCGGAUUUCCCCUUUGUGUGAAACAGGGUCAUUGUUAUUAAUAAAUGGUGUGUAAGCUUCAUAUCUCUCUUCCUCUACGGUUAAUAGCACCAUUAUAGAACAUCAAACUGUAAAGUUUCUGUUGCUGUUGACCGAUGGAUCUCUGGAUUGAAUCUCAUACCAAUUGUAAGUUGUAGUUAAAUGGAUAGUAUUCCGAAAUGCACAUACUUCUUUCUUGCUUGCUA